AUGAAUAGCGUUGUAUCAAGCAUAAUUACAGUUAUUCAAUGUCUGCAGUUAAUCAUUGGAAACGUUGGUAAUGGAUUCAUAGCUCUGGUGAACAUCAUUGACUGGGUCAAGGAAAGAAAAAUCUCGUUUGUUGAUCAACUCCUCAGUGCGUUGGCAAGCUGCAGGAUGUGCCUGCUCUGGUUAGUACUAAUGAGUAAGCUGGUUUUUGUGCUUUGCGCAUCUGCCCUUUGGACUGAAUUGUUUAAAAUGAUCACUAUUAGUUGGGCAGUAAGUAAUCACUUUAGCAUCUGGCUAGCUACAAGCCUCAGCAUCUUUUAUUUUCUCAAGAUAGCCAAUUUUUCCAACUCUACUUUUCUCUACCUGAAGUGGAGAGUGGAAAAGAUGGUCUCCAUGACACUGCUGGUGUCCUUGGCUAUUUUAUUUUUAAAUAUUGCACUUUUGAAUACAGAUAUUGAUGUCUGGAUUGCUGGAUAUAGAAUAAAUAUGACUUGCAACUCCAACUACAAAAGCUCUUUAUACUUGUCCAGGGCUUUUUUAGUCCACUAUAUGAUAUUCACCAUCAUCCCCUUCACCGUGUCGCUGACCACUUUCCUGCUGCUCAUCUUCUCGCUGUGGCGGCAUCUCAGGAAUGUGCAGCUCCUUGCCAUGGGACCCAGAGACGCCAGCACCAAGGCCCACCUGCGAGGCUUGCAGACUGCGGUUGCCUUCCUCCUGUUUUACGCUGUUUUCUUUCUGUCUAUUGUCAUACAAGCUUUGCUUUCUGAGUUGCAGCCAGAAGAGACGACCAUUCUGCUUUGCCAUGUUUUGGCAAUGACUUUUCCUUCAGGACAUUCAUGUAUCUUGAUUCUGGGAAACAAGAAGCUGAGGCAGACCUCUCUGUCUGUGCUGCGGCGGCUGAAGCACAGGUGCAAGCACGCAAAACCUUGA